AUGUUCGGGCGUUAUAGCUUACUUGGAAACAAUUGGUCAGCUGCCAUUGGAUUAGAAAUUCAUGCUCAAUUAACAACUAAAACAAAGUUAUUCUCAUCUGCUCCACAGCAAUAUGGUGCCCCUGUAAACAGCACUGUAACUUUAUUCGAUGCUGCCAUUCCAGGAACUUUGCCUGUCCUUAAUAAAAAAGCUGUGGAAUUGGCUGUGAUUUCAGCACUAGCAUUGAAUUGCAAAGUUAACCCCAUUUCUUCUUUCGAUAGAAAACAUUAUUUUUAUUCUGAUUUACCUGCAGGUUACCAAAUCACACAGCAAAGGCAACCACUAGCAGAGAAUGGGGAAGUAAAAUUUGCAGUGUAUCAACCUGGUGUUCACAGCAAGCCUUACUACAAAAGUUCGAAAAUUAAACAAAUUCAAUUAGAGCAAGAUAGUGGAAAAUCUUUACACAAUACAAAAUUAAAUCAAAAAUAUAUUGAUUUAAAUCGAGCUGGAACUGCCCUAAUUGAAAUUGUAUUUCAGCCUGAUUUAGAAAAUGAACAAGAAGCAUGUGCUUUAAUUAAAGAAGUAUUAACAAUUUUAAAAAGAGCUCAAACAUGUUCUGGUAAAUUAGAAGAGGGUAAUUUGAGAAUUGAUGUUAAUAUUUCCAUUAGAGAUGAAAAUAAUAAUUUAGGUCCUAGAACUGAAAUUAAAAAUGUCGGUUCGAUUCACGGUGUCGUACAUGCAAUAGUACAAGAAAAAAAAAGGCAAAUAAAUAUUAUAGAAGGCGGUGGAAUUGUACAAAAUGAAACAUUUGCUUGGGACGUAGUUAAAAAUAGUUUAACUUUAAUGAGAGACAAAGAAGAAGCUAAUGAUUAUCGUUUUGUACCAGAACCAAACCUUCCUCCUUUAAGGUUAAUUAUUAACAAUAGUACAAAAGAGUUUCACAAAGAUAUUCGAAAUAAAGAAAACAUUCUCGAUUUGAAACAUGUACCAUCUAAAGUACCUGAAACUCCGCAGAAUGAUAGAUUGUAUUUGAUUGAAAAAUAUGGUUUAAGCGAUGUUUAUGCUUACAACUUGGUGGCACAAGAAAAACUUUUGGACUUUUUCAAAAAACUAUUAUCGGAAGAUUCUUCUAGAGAUCCCAAAAUCACAUAUUUAUUAUUAAUGUAUAAACUUUUGAAUGCGUUGAAAGUAAAAUCUAUGGAUUUGGAAAAUUGUUAUGUUUCGAUUGAUUACUUGGGACAAAUCAUUGACAUGUUACAAAAAAAGGUAAUAAGUAAAAUGACGGGUGAUUAUUUAAUACAAGAGAUUUUAAAUGUUGAUAAUAGUGUUAGCCCGAGCGAAUUAGUAGAAAGGGAAAAUUUAAAAAUCAUAUCGAAUCCGAAAGAAUUAAAAAAAUGUUGUUUGAAAGUUAUGGAAAGGGAAAAACCGUUGGUAGCCACUUACAAGAAAAAAAAUAAAAUCGUGUACAACGAAUUAUUGAGAAAAGUAAUUGAAUAUACGAAUAAUCGUGCUGACACAAACGUGUUGCCCCAAGUCUUGACAGAAGUUUUAAACGAUCAUUUAAACAACAGGUUAUAA